GGACCAGGGAGCACCGGCAAACAGCCCUAAAUAACAGGAAGAGGAAGUGGGGAGUGACCUGUGAGAGGGAGAGAGGACCGCACUGCUCGGACAGCUGCGCUUCCAAAGUGUUUCUGACACUGGAUGAGAAAAGACGCACAUCAGAGGCGACUGGAGGAAGAGAGGAGAGACCUGAGGAGGAACCUGCUGGAUUCUCACCUGGGGAAAAAAAACCUUGGCAACUUGAGGAAGGAGGGAGUGAGGCCGAUAAAGACAUUUUAGGGUAAAUUACUUCUCUGUCGGAGUUCCUGGAGUUUCUGCUUAUUUGAGGAAAAAAGAAAUUGACAAGAGACUUGUGUUUCCACUGCGAUAACAUCACGGUAGAUACCUGCCAGGUGAUCUAUCUAGCCAUUUCUUUUUCUAAUUCUCCCAUUUUUUUGCCUCGUGAUUCCUAGUUUGUCUUCUGAAAUUCAUUUUUUGGGAGGGAUUCAUUCUUGCUCAAGAGGCAAAAUCAUACUUUUCAUCAUCACCGGCUUUCUUAUUUGUCUGACACUCCAGAGAAGGAUUUGCCACAAAGCCCUGGGAAAAAAAACAGCAAAACCUAAGAGAUAAAACCUCUUUCUGGGCAACACCUGUUGCUUUCUUUCUACUUUGGGAAAAACAGUAGAAAAAAAAAACUGUAGCAGGACUGAGGACGGUGGAGUGAUUUGUGCGUCUGUUGCGCUCUGAUCUCCUUCCAGCCGAAAACUGCGCUCCAGUUUCAACCUUUCUGCUUGAUUCUAAUUUGUGCGAUGAUGGCGCGGCUCCAACCGUGGACAGGACUUAUGCCCACGUUGGCCUUGUCCGUCUUCCUCACCGUUGCUCAAAACUCCGGACUUCUUUGGGCGGCAGCAGAGGAACGAGUGUCGUCCGACAUCGUGAAGAAGGAAUCUCAUCCGGUGCUGGUUAGACAAAAGAGAGAAUGGAUCUGGAACACUUUUACUGUAGAGGAAGAGAAACCCGGACCCUUUCCUCAGAAGAUAACGCAGCUCAAGUCGACCUUGAGAGAGUCGGUAAUGAAGUUCAAAAUAGAUGGUGAAGGAGCAAACACAAUCUUCUUUGUGGAUGCAAACGGAAACCUGUUUGCCAGAAAAGCUCUGGACAGGGAGGAGAAGGCCAAUUACAGCCUGACCGCUCAGAUGUUUGAUGGAAACGGGAGACUGAUAGAGGACUCUGGAGACUUUGUCAUCCAGGUGAACGAUAUCAACGACAACAAGCCGGUUUUCCCCAAACAGUACACCGGAUCUAUUCUAGAGAGAGCUAGUAAGGGAACUAAAGUAAUAGAUGCAGUAGCAACUGAUGCAGAUGACCCCUCCACUGCCAAUGGACUGCUGUUUUACUCCUUAAUCCACGGUGGAGAUACCUUUGCCUUCGAAAUCGACAGCAGCACAGGUGCCAUCAGCUGCAAGACAAACACUCUGGACCGAGAAACCAAGAGCCAGUAUGUGGUGGUGGUUCAAGCUCAGGACAUGGGAGGAAGAGACACGGGCAGCACAGCCACCACUUCUGUCAUCAUCAACAUCACCGACAUCAACGACAAUCUGGCUUCUUUUACCAGCAACGCAUAUGAAGUGCGUGUCCCAGAGAACCACCUGUUGAAUGAGGAAAUAAUCACGCUGGAUUUGAACGACAAAGAUGAGCUUAAGAACAAAGAGCCCAUCUUUUCCAUCCCAAGUUUCCACAAAGAUUUAUUUAAUGUCAAACGCAACCGUAACAAGGAUGCCGUCCUCACACUCAAACAGGCUUUGGACUACGAAACAACUAAAAGCUACACUUUCACUGUGGAGGUGAAGGAAGACCUUGGACUUCUGCGUGCAGACAACGUGGGCAAAGCAAUCACCAGAGCACAGGUUAUUCUCAGGGUGACAGAUGUGGACGAGCCGCCAGUUUUCUCCAGGUCCAACUACACCUUCACCGUACCGGAAGACAAGGAAAUAAAGACCGCAAUAGGAGCAGUCACAGCCAAAGACCCCGACGCCGCCAACAAGGCCGUGCGGUAUUCCAUCUUAGAGAAGGACUGUCCGAUCGGUAUCAACCCAGUCACGGGUCAACUGUCGAUCGCGAGGAAGCUGGACAGAGAGCUGGAGGCAACACACGUGUUUCAAGUUAGAGCGCAGGAGGAACUGAGUGGUCUGGAGUCCUACGUUAAGGUGAAGAUUAUUGUUCAGGACGUCAACGACAAUCCGCCUGAACUUUCUGUGGACGAGGUGUUCGUGUGUGAAAAUGAUGUCACCAAUACCGUGAUAGGAGUUUUGAGAGCGACAGAUAAGGACGAACAAGCAGCCACCUUCACGUUCACCCUGAUCGGUCAGAGCUCCAACUUCUCCAUCAAAGACUACGGCAAUGGCUCAGCUGGCGUGAUCGUGAAAGGGGGCCCGUUCAGCAUUGACGACUCCCAGGAUUACGGUAUUUCUGUCCGCAUCAGUGAUGGAGGACAGCCCGCCCAGAGCAACGACGCUGAACUCAAAAUCAAGUCGUGCCGGUGUGAUCGGCAGAGGAUCCCCACGCAGUGUAAAGCUAUGGCUCAGAGGAUGGGGGUCAGCGUUCAUGCCCUCAUAGCCAUCCUGCUUUGCAUACUUACAAUACUGGUCAUAGUCAUCCUGUUUGUGAUGAGGAAACGCUACCAGAAGGACUCGCUGGCAAACAUGAAGAACAGCGGAGAGAUUCACGAGCAGCUGGUCACCUACGAUGAGGAGGGCGGUGGAGAGAUGGACACUAACGGCUACGACGUCUCCAUCCUCACGUCCGCCUGCCACGACGGCUCCCUGCUCCGCCACCCGGACCACCCCCACCCGUCCCUGUACGCCAUGGUGCAGAAACCUCCCCAGCACGCCCAGCCCACCGCCUGCAAGGGGGACAUGGCCGCCAUGAUCGAGGUGAAGAAGGACGAGGCCGACCACGACAGGGACGGGUUCCCGUACGACACCCUCCACAUCUACGGCUACGAGGGACCCGAGUCUUUAGCCGGGAGCCUCAGCUCUCUGGAAAGCUCUUCCACCGGUUCGAACUUGGACUACGACUUCCUGAGCGACUGGGGCCCGAGGUUCAGGGCCCUGGCCGAGCUGUACGGAGUCGACGGGAGCGACUAUUACCAGCAGUACUGAUAGUACACGGGCCGAAAUGUACACGUGCAAAAGAGUACCCAGAGUGGAUCAGUGGUCUGAACGAGCCAUAGAAACGCACUCACACUCCGACCAAAAGCAGGCAGGAAAUAUAAAUAUCCCCACGUACAAUACACCCUUUCAGCCAUGUUCUCUAAAGACUUCUUUAGCUCCUCAAAACACAAUCAGGGGCUCCUUUUUAACUCUAUUAACAACAGCUAGCUUCAGUUAUCGUGUGUAAUUCAGUGGAUUCAUUAGUGUGUUGUACCUCUUUGUUCACUCACAGUCAGAAAAUAACAGCUUCAGCAAAAGUCAGGAAGCUCCCACAAGUUGAAUCGUGGAUUUAAAAAAAAAAAAAAAAAAGAUAAAGCUUAAAUGACGCAGUCAGUCCUCUCAUUUCCAGGGAGGUGCUGGAAAGAUUUUUAAAGUAACCCGAGGACACGACCCCCUUCCAGAAAGUGAGAACCCGCGCCGCUUCUGCUUCACGCGUCUGCAGGAACGCUGAUGUGUGGUGACAGUGUGAGAACAGCUUCUCCAGGAUGCUUUUUAAUCUAGCGCAGUCUUACGGGUUCAGCAGCAGAACGCUUUCACGUCCCUUGCAACGUCCAAUCAGGAACUGCACUCCGGGCCGUAGCCAAUCAGAUGUGAUGACGAGCAGGCGGGUUAAUGAGGUCACUGCUGGCCAGCGAUGUUCCUCGCUCAUCCAGGCUCUUUUUGCUUUCUCUUCAUGCCUCUGCUCUCUUGUUCAGCACCUAUUUUAGCCGCCGUGUUUACAUGUUCAAAGUGUCACAGGAAAAACCUUCAAACGUGACCUAUUUUUAUCCCGUUAGGUUAGCGUUAGCACCCCUAGAUGCAUCCGUGCUUAGCGGUGUGAGGACUUACACAUAACACUUUUCUUCUGAUAUAUGAACUAAAGCUCAGUCGCUUUGAGGUUUCACGAUCUAUCUGAUGUUGUUGUAUGUUACAGACUCCGGAGGUCUGAAGGUUUUAAUCACAGUCGUCCUGUAGUUUAAAUAUUUGUGCACUUUGAAAUGCAAAAACACUACAUGUGAAAGCAACCCAUUCAUGCUCCUUUAUUGUUUCUAUUUUUUGGUAUUCUUCAUUCAUUUUGGUUUUGGAGGCCGGUGAUGUUGCUGUAUGUUCAUGUUUCUAUUGUUUUUGUUUCAUUUUCACAAAACGGCCUCAAACAUGGCGAGAACAGGAUGAUUUGUUUUAGACGUAACGUUGCUGGUUUGUAAAUAUGAUUGCCGCGAGGGUUUUAUUGUACUGAAGUACGUUGAGGAGCCACGUGUCUUAAAACAUCAAGGGUUUGGAGAUUUUAGAUCACAGAGAAACACCUGCCAAUCUUUAUUUCUCUUUUUCUUAAUUUGAAAUUCUGGAAAGAGCCAUUUUUAGGGAAAGUAGAACUCCUGAGAGCAUGUGAUGUCCAGCGGAUGAUUUAGUGAUAUGCUAAUUUUCUCAUUAUAGGAAAUAAUGAAUGGUUUUCCAUGUCUCCAUGACUCUAAAUGCAGGUGUCAAUGCAGAUUAAGGUGUUUGACCAGCAUUCAACAUGAUACCUGCAUAGAAAGCAUAAAGAUCCCUGAGAUUCAGCACGAAUCAGUUUUUAAAUGUUUGAAACCGUAAAGGAAAGCCGUGACUGAGAGGUCUUUUUCUUUUUCCAUGGGAAUUUUCCCGGUUAUCUGCUGCUCUGAACAGAGGACAGACAAUAGUGAGAGAGAAAGGAAAUGGCUCUGCUGCUCAGACAGAAUUACAGGUUUUAUUUGACUGAACCCAUCAUCACAGUUAUUGUUGCGAUGAAAGCUGAAUCCUCGGAGGCCUACUCUGACAAAAGUCAUUCAGAAAAAUCAGGAAACGCAGAGUUGCAAAAGCAGCUUGUUGGACUGCCACAAGGGCUGCGAUGGGGCUCCAAUAACUUUAACCUCUCAUCCUUUGUGGCUUCUGUCAGGGCACAACAUCUCUGACCAAAGACAUCCAGAACUUUUUUGCGGUCUCUAGAUUUCCCAGACUUGUAAAACAAUAGAGGGUUGUUUGCAUGUGUGAGAAGUUGUCAGGUUGGAUCAAUCCUCAACAUAACCAAGCUUUGAGUUCAGUUAUCACAGAUUAAAAUCAACCAACUCAUGCUAAUUUAUUCAUACUUUAGACAUAUGAGCUGUUUUUACAGUCAGCUUUAUUAAAUGUGUAAAAUUUUCCCACAAAUGAACGGAUAGAAUUGAUCAACUUUAGCAUCUUAGCUCAGCAAGUUAUUCCAACAUUUGUUUUUCACUGACAGACAAAUGACGCUGUGUUAAAGUCUCUCCUGAGAGACCUUUUUCGUAUGUUUUGAGUUAACUAGUUGGUGUCACCGGUUCAGACUAAAUAUCGCUGUUGUUUUGGUGUCGAGCACGCUCUCGGUCCUGCUGGCCGUUGCACUUUAACUAAGCACAAACAAUGGCUCUCUGCAGACACCUGUCACCUGUCCAAGAACAAGUUAUCACUCACAAGCAUUAAAAUAACAACUGCAGACCUUUUGGGGAAUAUUUUUUUUAAUUUUGAAUGUUAUUUUUCCUGGCCAGGGAAUUGCCUGCUCAUAAAUUAUGGCCUCAGUGGUUAAAAAGUCAGUCAUAAUGGGCCGUAAAGGUAGAAGGUCACUAAAUGUCCCUUUGCAAGCCGCCGCCCACUAAUGCCAUGCUGCGGACGGGAUUUGUAAUCUGUGCCAUCCUGACUGAAGAUUUAGUCACAGACAAGUUUCACCAGGACAGUUAAUCUGCUUUUACAUGUAAAGUCACUCCAGUUUACAGCAUUUUAGUUUUAGUAAUCAAGAUUUGUUUGGAUUUGAACCUAUUUGCUUAAAACAGGCUUAUUUGGAAUGUCAUUUGAGAAAUGGGGGAUAUGCCUCACUCUUUGUCCUUUAAUCAGCUAAAACAAACAGAGGACCAAACUUCCUGUCCAUCUGGGCCUGUGCCCACCCCUUCCUGUCUGUUAUCUCUCUCCCGAGCAGCACAUUGUGCUCGCUUCCUGUCAGAGCAGGCUGGGAAACUGGAGAAACACGAGAUGGAUGUUAACGUGAGGGAAAGAUGGGGAGAAAUAGCUGGAUCCGUCAUAAGAAACAAUACACAGAAAGUAGCGUUAACGACUUCUUCGUGAAGAAAUAGAAUAACCUUCAAAUAUAAGGAACGCCCUGGAAUGUUUUAACGUGUGGCACAAAAAAAGGCAAACAUUUUGAGAUCUGAAGUUCUUUUAGCCUCAUUUGUGCCUCUGAAGUCAUUGUGAUUUUGCCAUUUCUGCUAUUUUCUGCUAAUGACAAACUUUUAAGAGGAUGUUAAGUCUAUUUUAAAGCAGCAUCCCCAUUUAUUGAUCAAAAAACGUCAGCAUUUCGUGGCUGUUGUCUUUGUUUGGGUGCAAAAAAAAAGGAAACCAACCAUAAUAACAGAGUUUCAGUGGUGGUUCAUAUGCAGCAAAAUGAGCAGCAAUUGAAUGACCCUGAAGGUGAAGUGUUUUGUGACUGUGUGCGUGUGCAUGUGCGCGCGUGUGUAUAAUCAUCAUCACUGAAAUUACAGCCGUUGUUAGCAAAAGCUGCAUGUGUGAUCUCAGCUGGCCGUGGCCGUCUGAGGGGUCUGGCGUUUACUUUCCUAAGAGUCAGAAGUAUUGGCAGCAAAGUAUUUAGAGGAGGAAAUUAAAAAGAUUUUAAGAGCUUGACGGUAACAUUUUUAUUUUAGCCUGCAGUUUUUCUCUUUCUUUGAUCAAUGUUCUCAAAGUGUCAGAUUUGUUUGAGACGUUAUAUAUGAGCUGAAUUCCAGCAAGUUGAACAUUUUCUCGUUUCCUGUGCUCUUAUUUACUUCUCCACGCAGUCAAAUGAAGUAUUUCUUAAACAAAAAACCUUUCUGAAUUUAAUAUACUGGUUUAAAACUGACUUGUUUUCAUCUGUGCACUCCAAGUUUGAUGUGAAAUGUAUUUAGAAGAAAAAAAAAAAGCCAAACAGUGAUUUUUCUUUCAUUAUUUCCUUUUUAUUGCCUCAUUUACUGUAUUUAAAGGAUUUUAAACUUGAAUUUUUCUACAUGCUCUAAAAAAAAAGAAAAAAAAAGAUAUUUUUUUUAACAAAUAAAAGAAGUGUGAAUGGGUGAAGGGAUUUCCUGCUGAGGCGUCCACUUGUGAAUGCUUGUAAUUGUGCCCAUGUACACACAUACAAGUAUGUGUCAAACCAACAAGAAAUAUCAACUACACAUUAACAUUCCUGUGUAAAUACUGGAGGGGUCCAGAAGGGAGCAACACGUGCCUUUAUUCUUAAAAACAUACUGUAAUUCAUCUUUUGGUGAUGAACACAAUGUUUUCUAUAUUGUUUUUAUGGUGUAUAGUAGCUACUUUUUAUUACCUGACAUUUUUUGUAAGUGUAGAAUCAUAAUAAACACUCAAAUGUU